AUGGCAGUUAUCAAAGAGGUCGAAGUCGCCAUUGUGGUCGACGACGAGGAGCUCCAAGAGUAUCACCCACCACCCGAGGAAACUUCCGAAGACGCAAAAUAUUUAUCCUCUGAUACUCAAAUGAGAUAUAUCCAAGUCGACCAUGACUACAGGCAAGAAGACAAAGAAAAAUACCAGAAUCUUGGUUCUAUCGAGGUGAAAGUUUGGAAGAAGCGUGAGAUAGGCAUGGACGGUACGCUGGGGAGGGUAAAAGAUUUUGCCAUGGGGCCAGUGUCCGAGAAGGCCAUCAAAGGCGCAGCAAUCGAUAUGCGAGCGAGUCUCGAUCCUCCCCAGCCAUGUCAGGAUUCCAGUCUCUGUCGUGGGUUCAACAUCGAGAAUAAGCCAUAUGCAGUAUUCGUUUUCAAAUACCGCAGCAAAGAAGCUUUGCAAGCCGUUGGCAUUCUCGAACGACCUGAAACGCCUCAGCCAUUGGAGGAAAGAGAUGUUGAGACUAUGUCGCCAGAUGAACUCAAGGAAUUGGCCCGUCGACUCAAGGCAGCGCAAGAGGCACAGAGGAUCAAGUUCAAGAAAGAAAAUGCCGACGCCAAUCUUGCUCGGCUCGCUGAACUCAAGAGAAAUCGAGAUAGUGGCCAUGAUGACGAGGAUGAGGUCAACUUCCUCGGCGAGCGGCCGGUGAAGAGGAUCUGCAGCACUGUAGCGGUUCUUGACGACUCGGAUUAG